AUGGACCACAAGGAUUUGUCAAUAGGAAUAGUGUUCUUACUCCAGAGCACAGUUGGAAUUGUUGGGAAUGUGUGUCUUCUUUCCCGCUACUUCAUCCUUUACUACACUGAACAGGCAUUAAAGACAACAGAUUUGAUUCUUAUACACAUGUUAACAGCCAACUCAUUGAUUAUUCUUUCUAAAGGAUUACUCUAUAUAAUGACAGCUUUUGGGGUGGUAGGAUUCCUCAAUGAUUUUGGCUGCAAAUUUCUUUUGUAUAUUCAAAGACUAGGCAGAAACAUGUCCACAGGCAUGACCUGCUUCUUGAGUGUUUUCCAGGUCAUAACCAUCAGCCCUGGAAACUCUUUUUGGUUGUGUCUUAAAGUCAAAGCUUCAAAGCACAUUGGACUCUUCACUUCCCUCUGCUGGAUUCACUACAUGUCAAUAAACAUGCUUUUCCCUGUAUAUAUGUACACCAAGGCAAACAGCAAUAAUCUGACACAUAAAAGUGGAAUGAAAUCCUGCUCCACAUCAGGUCAUGAUGAACUUAUAAGCUCAUUAUAUACAGCAAUUUUUGUUCUUCCUGAAAUUUCGUUUUCUGUCAUUAUUAUCUGGUCCAGCACCUCCAUGGUUAUCAUUCUGUAUAGGCACAAAGAACGGGUUCAGCAUAUCCACAGCACCAGUGUUUCCUCCAAAAGAUCAACUGAGUCCAAAGCCACCCACCGAAUAAUGGGCCUGGUGACAACAUUUAUAAGCUUUUAUGCCCUCUCUUCCAUCUUACAAGGUUACAUUGCUCUCACAUAUAACCCUGGUUGGUUGCUGAUGAACAUUACUGCAAUCAUUUCAAUGUGUUUUCCUACUUUGGGGCCCUUUGUUAUGAGCUGUGACUCCAUAGUUCCAAGGUUGUGCUAUUCUAGAGACAGGAAUCCCCAAACAAAUAAUCUUACUACAGCCAAAACAUCUUCACAUCAAACACUUCAUUUGUGUACCCUGUGUUUCAGCAUUGGAGACAAAGUGAUCAUAGAAGGAAGGUCUGGUAUCGGUACCUCCUCUCACUCCUGCCCAGAGGCUGUGGAGGCCUUACAUUCACCCCAGCCUGGUCUAUUAGACCAACCACUCACAAAACCCCAACUCACCCUGUUUGUUGAUGGCAGUUCUCUUAUAGACAGAUCAGGAAACCGCCAGGCAGCAUAUGCAGUGGUCACUUCCACUAAAACAAGCGAAGUGAUCUGCCUACCUACGGGAACUUCUUCACAAAAGGCCGAAUUAAUCACCUUGACUAGCGCACUCCAGAUAGCCAAGGGGGCCAUGGGCUAA